AGUCCACAUGAUACAACAACAAUUACUACCUAAUUACCUAAAAUAUUACUACGGGCUUCGUCAUGGUCUUCCUUAAACCCUAACUAAAACCCCUGUUUGAAGAACCUUCCCUUCAAUUCUCCCUCUCUCUAGAUUCCUCCGUCAAUCGAAUCAAGACCAAUCUCUACGAUCACAAACCAAACCACCCCAUCUUCUCCGAUCUCAAAACCCUCUUAGAAUUCAAUGGCAAAUCCCAACGAAAACAAGCCCUCAACACGUCACUAUCACCCCUACCAGAGCCUCAACACCCCAAUUCACAAGCUUUACGAGCUACCCACUUCGCCUGAGUAUCUUUUUCACGAAGAAGCCGCCGUUCAACGCCGUUCUUGGAGCGAGAAUCUCCAGUAUUACACCGGGUCGGGUUACUUAUCCGGAGCUAUUCUUGGUGGGUUGAAAGGGUCUGUUGAAGGGAUCAAUUCUGCUGAGAAAGGGGAGUCUUUGAAGCUGCGGAUUAAUCGGGUUUUGAAUUCGGGUGGGCAUACGGGCCGGAAAUUUGGGAAUACUCUUGGGGUUUUGGGGUUGAUUUUUUCGGGGCUGGAGAGUACUGUUUUGUAUUACAGAGGGACAGAUGAUUUGAUGAAUAGUGUGGUGGCUGGGUUAGGGACUGGAGUGAUUUAUCGGGCUACGAAAGGAGCAAAAUCGGCUGUGCUUGCAGGUGCUAUUGGUGGAUUGGCUGCUGGUGCUGCUGGGAUUGGUAAGCAGGCGAUUAAGCGUUAUGUUCCGAUUUGAUGAAUAGGACUAUGGAUUGAGUCUUAAUUUAUUGUUGGUUUAGGGAGGUUUAAUCAAAGGUUUUGGUUAUUUUGUUUCGUCUGUUACCGAAUUUGUUGACUCGUCUGUCACGGAAUUAUAAUGGAAACUAUGAAUCGACAUCUCACUUUUAUGUAUGAAUUUUAUGUGCAAAUAGUGUAUUUGCAUUAUAAUAAUAUAGUGAGAUCGAGGGUUGUUAUUAGUAA